UAAUGGUUUUGCAAUAACAUUGCAUACCUUUAAAAAUAAGUUACAUUUUGAAUUUUUUUUUUUAAAUAUACUACUUUCAUAUAGAACAAUAAAAUUUUACAUUUGGACCAAUUUAUUUAAUUAAACAAUUGUUUUUUGUCAAUAAUAUUAGAGUAAACCUAAAUAAAAUGAAUACUGAUGACUUAUUAAGUGAAAACACAGCUGAACCAACAACAAAUCUAGAAAUACCACCACAAACACAAACAUCUCCUUUAACAAAUGAGUCAAUAACAUUGCCUUCAAAUUCUUCUGUAAAUACUUUUAUUGAAAGUAAUACAAAUGUUACACCAAUGGAAACAGAUGAAGGAAUACGACUUGUACCUCAGCCUAUGGAAAUUGAGACAUCUAUAUCAACAGCUUCUACAAUUGCAUCAACAUCUCCAACUACUACAACACCAACAUCUCCAGCUAUGCCAAUUUCUAAUGCCAAGCAAGCUAUUGCCCAAACAAGUAAUCUACAACAAAAUUCUAAUACUCAACAAACUGUAUUGAAAAACAUAAAUAGCACAGAUAAUGCUGCACUGUUAACUAAAACGAGGUUACGUGAAUUGGUGAAAGAAGUUGAUCCCAAUGAACAGUUAGAAGAAGAUGUUGAAGAUUUAAUGCUACAAUUAUCUGAUGAAUUUGUUGAUGAAUUGGUCAAAGCUGCAUGUGUUUUUGCAAAACAUAGGAAAUCAAAUAUAGUUGAAGUAAAAGAUGUUCAACUUUACUUAGAACGUUAUUUGAAUAUGUGGAUUCCAGGAUUUGGUACUGAUGAAUUAAAGCCUUACAAGAAAGCGCCAAUUACUGAUGCCCAUAAACAAAGAACUGCUCUUAUCAAAAAAGUUGCAAAUAAAAAAUAUUAAUACCCUAGCAAAUUACUUUUAUUAAUUUUAUAAAUAUUAGUAAAAAAACUUAAUUUAAUUUGUGUAAUAAAUAUAAAAAAAUUAUGGAUAAUUCAUUAAAAAUAUUAUAACUUAA